AUGUCUACGGCAGGCGUCCUGAUGAUGGAGGAAUCGAACCUGACAGACUUCUACAACGCCACCUUCGACUCCCUGUCGCCGGGCCCGUCCAAUGAGACCUGGGGACCGAGCGACCCCGCUCCCCGGGCGCCGCCUGUCGUCUUCGCCGUGGAGCGCCAGGUCAUCCCCGUCGUCUACGGUCUCAUCUGCCUUGUCGGAAUGGUUGGGAACAUCCUGGUGAUCAUGGUGGUGAGUAAGUCCAGCGACAUGAAGACGGUGACUAACUACUACAUCGUGAACCUGGCCAUCACUGACCUGGCGUUCCUGGUGUGCUGCGUGCCGUUCGUCGCCAUCUCCUUCGCCCUCGGACCGUCAUGGAUCUUCGGCGCGUUCGCCUGCAAGGCCGUCUUCUACAUCAUACGGGUGACGCUCCAGGCCACGUGUCUGACGUUGAUGGCGCUGUCCAUCGACCGGUUCUGUGCUAUCGUCCUCCCCUUCAAGUCCAUCGACUUCCGCCGGCCCCGGGUGGCCAUCAUCGUCAGCGUCUGCAUCUGGAUAGGGUCUUUCCUUCUGUCCAUCCCGGUGGCCCUGCGACAGACCAUCUACUCGGUGGGCGGGCAGGUGCUGUGCCGGGAGCUGUGGCCGAGCGCCGCCGCGCAGCAGUCCUACAUGGUCUACAUGGUGUCCAUCACCUACAUCAUCCCGCUGACAACCAGCAUCUUCUGUGGGGCCAUGAUCGUCCGACAGGUCUGCAACCGCCCUGAGAGCGCCAACCUUGGCGGGCAGAGCCAGACCCGUAAGGUGACCAUCAUGGUGAUCGGUGUCGUCCUGCUGUUCGCCCUGUGUUGGCUGCCGAACCACGCCAUCAACCUGUGGCGUGUGAUGAACCCGCGAGCUCCGGGCUCCAUCCCGCUCUACCAGUUCAAGUUCGCGGCCAUGUGUCUCAGCUAUGCCAACUCCGCCAUGAAUCCCUUCGUCUACACGUUCGUGGGGGAGAACUUUCGAGUAGAGCUGCACAAGCUCUUUCAAAACAUCUGCGCAAAGUGCUGGUUUCCGUACAGCGCCGAUUCUAAGAAAACCCCGGCGUCAGCCAAGGGUAGUAACACCAGUUUUAAGACAGCGGUAACGCUGACCCGCUCGGCGUCCGGCGGCAUGGGCCAGUGUGAGACCCUGCCGUUUCGCCCUGUUACCCCCAUGGAAGACGAAGUGUACUGCCCCGUUGUUAACGUUGUUAUUGAGGACACAAAAAUGGCGGCGUUCGAGACCAAUAUCUAA